GAACAGACGCUAAGGAGACAACAUCGUGCUAGCGACAUCACGUCCGCUGAGCGGCUAUACCGUGCCAGCUCCAUGAUCGUUCCACAAGAACCCACAGAGUACGCUCCUGGUGUAAGAAGCGUCGGUCAUGAUCUGGAUAUGUUGGCUGGGCCACCCGACUAUUCAUACGAUGCCGCUCCAGUGCAUAGGCGAGCUAUUAGCGAUAAUAUUGGAGCGCAGAGUUCUACUCGUAAAAAUGAACUACGCCGAACGCAAGAAAUGGAAGAGAUCGAUCAGGCUGGCAUGUACGAAGACGUUGCUAUGCGUUCGUCAAGAUCUAUUGGAAGGGCAAGUUCUGUGGUAUCAAAUAGAUGUCAAAGUCAGGUGUUUCUGCCUGAUAUUGGUCUGGGUGAUCCGAGCAAAUCGGCUCCCUCCUUGGAUAGAAAUUUGAGCAGCUCAGAUCCAUCUGUCAAUGAUGAAAAACCUCUCAGUAAGUUCAUUCAUACUAUAUAG